AUGGUGAUAAAUAUUGAUGUUAAUGAGGAUAUCUACAUUGAGCUCAGUCAUUUCGAUAAUGAUUAUCAAUUUUAUCAUAAUUUAUUAGUAUUUGAGACGUCUUUCCUGUUGUCAUCGGACCUUGCUAAACUAAACGCAUCGGAACCGAUAAUAUUUGAAGAUAGCAGCGUAUCUGUCUAUCCAAUUGGUGCAGUGUUCGGUUUAGAUCUUUUUGCAUCAGACGGUAGUAAACUAUCAGCGAAAACAAACUUUUUUUUCCCGAUUAACCUUACUACACCUUUAGAUAACGCUUUAUACCCAGAAUCAAAACUUGACUUAAUAUGCGUUUUCUUUGAUCAUGGAACCAGGAUGUGGUCGACAGACCGACUGACGACGGGUGAAGUGUCUAAUGUAUCGAUCGAAUGUAAAAGUGAACACACAACCAGCUUUUCAAUUAUGAUGCGAGUUACAAAAAAUGAAAAUCUAUAUUUUGAAAGGGUUUUAUCAUAUAUAUCAGGGUUUUGCCUCGGAAUAUCCAUUUCGAUGUCAUUACCAACAUUCAUGGUUUUACUUUACGUCAGAGAACUUCGGCUGUCUACUCGUUUCAUCAUCGUGCGGAAUGCAAUUCUCUGUGUAUUUCUCAGAGACUGCACAUUCCUCAUUUCGGAUCGGAUAGCAGAAUUGAAGAUAAAAGUGAGAUUUUUUUUUGCGUGGACUUAGUAGGCCUAUCGAUAUUAUCACUAAUUAGUCAUCAUGAUCUUUAAUCCUGUUUGCUACUAGGUAAAU